AUGAUCAAUAGCCCGCGCGAACAACAGGUGCAGGACGAACCGGUAGAUCAUCCGAAGAUACUAUCGUCAUUCAACAACCGAAAUCCGUCGUAUACGGGAGUAAUCGAAAACAGUGAAAUAGAAAUCGAUAAGAGAAACGGAAUAUAUGACGUCCCCCAACAAACGGAAAACGUAUACGUGCAUUUGUCGAGUAAACCUAUUAGCCAAAUGAUAGAAAACUGGAAUCCAGAAGACCGCGCGGCGGUGAUGUAUCAGCAAAAUUCGAUGAAAACCGAAUUGAAAUCACCUGCAGACUGUUGUGGUAGGUCUACGCGGUAUUUCACAGAUCAUUACUAUCCGCACUCGCCAACCAACUUCAGAAGCCUGGCCACUAGAAACCUAUACUAUGAUUAUUACGAUCCACCUGCAAUGGUGACGCACAAGAAAGAUCCAGAUGCCAAGGCCUAUUACGGGCAGGACGCCAAUGACAACGCCACAAGAUAUUCGACACAAGGCAAGUAA